UAACAAAAAGGAAAGGGUCGUUUUCUUCUGUUCAGUAAUAUGAAUGAAUGUCUCUUCCUUGAUUUUUUUCUUGAAGUGUAAUAAUCGAAAGUUAACAGCAAAUUUUUAUAACGAGCUGAACUAAGCUCGUGCAAAAUAGUUCAGGAUGUCUGCAAGCGCAGUGUAUGUCUUGGAUUUAAAAGGAAAGGUGCUGGUGUGCCGAAAUUAUCGGGGAGAUGUGGACAUGUCUGAGAUCGAGCACUUCAUGACCCUUCUGAUGGACAAGGAGGAGGAGGGAACGCUCUCUCCUAUCCUGGCUCAUGGGGGAGUCCGUUUCAUGUGGAUCAAACAUAACAAUCUCUACUUGGUUGCAACAUCCAAGAAAAAUGCCAGUGUCUCACUGGUUUUCUCCUUCUUGUACAAAAUUGUCCAGGUAUUUUCAGAGUAUUUCAAAGAGUUGGAGGAAGAGAGCAUUAGAGACAAUUUUGUUAUCAUAUAUGAGCUGAUGGAUGAGCUGAUGGACUUUGGAUAUCCUCAGACCACUGACAGCAAGAUUCUACAAGAAUACAUAACCCAGGAGGGACACAAGCUAGAUACUGGCGCCCCGCGACCCCCCGCCACAGUCACCAAUGCUGUCUCCUGGAGGUCAGAGGGCAUUAAGUACAGGAAGAACGAGGUCUUCCUGGACGUCAUUGAGUCAGUCAACCUCCUGGUCAGUGCCAAUGGUAAUGUUCUACGUAGUGAGAUUGUUGGCUCCAUUAAGAUGCGUGUCUUCCUGUCUGGAAUGCCUGAGUUGCGGCUGGGUCUGAACGACAAGGUUCUGUUUGAAAACACUGGACGAGGAAAGAGUAAAUCAGUGGAGCUGGAGGAUGUCAAGUUUCACCAGUGUGUCCGUCUGUCUCGCUUUGAGAAUGACCGCACCAUCUCCUUCAUUCCUCCUGAUGGAGAGUUUGAGCUCAUGUCAUACCGCCUCAAUACUCAUGUGAAGCCUUUGAUCUGGAUCGAGUCUGUUAUUGAGAAGCACUCCCACAGUCGAAUCGAGUACAUGAUUAAGGCAAAGAGCCAGUUCAAAAGGCGCUCCACAGCCAACAACGUGGAGAUUCACAUUCCUGUGCCAACGGAUGCUGACUCACCCAAAUUCAAGACCACUGUGGGCAGCGUGAAGUGGGUGCCUGAGAACAGUGAGAUCGUCUGGUCAAUCAAGUCUUUCCCUGGAGGGAAGGAGUAUUUGAUGCGAGCCCACUUCGGUCUGCCAAGUGUAGAGGCUGAAGACAAAGAGGGGAAGCCACCAAUCAGUGUCAAGUUUGAGAUCCCUUACUUCACCACUUCAGGGAUCCAGGUGCGUUACCUGAAGAUCAUUGAGAAGAGUGGAUACCAGGCUCUGCCGUGGGUGCGCUACAUCACCCAAAAUGGAGAUUACCAGCUCCGGACUCAGUAGGCAGCGCCUCGGCCAUGUGUAGGCAGGUGGAAAUCACGACUGGGUGGAGUCAAGCCACUAAUGUGCUAUCAAUGGCAGGUGGUACUCACAAGACCAGAGGACUGUCACUAUCUACUUUUUUUGUUUUUAUUUGUUAAAGCUCUAUUCCUCCAUGAUCAAUGCAAAUAUUAGAAUGAGCCUUCAGUUAGACAUGGUUAAAAUCGUGAUUAUGUUUUACUGCUACGCAGCUCCUGUCACGAUGGAGACCAAGGAAAGCAGGAGUAACGUUUACAUCCUUGUACAUGGUGCAGAGUUGUACACAACCUAUCAGAGUGGUUUAAGAGAGUAUGUUACAAUUCUCAUUGAAAGUUACUGUAAUCGCCUGCACACAGGUCAGCAACACUCAUUCAGCCUCAGUAUAUUUUUUUGUAUGAAAGCUGCUUUGUUCUGCCACAAUUCCUGUUUGACUAUCUGUAUAUACAGUAUUUGUUACAUGUUAAUGAACUUAAAUUCAGUGUUAUUAGAUGAAUAACUGUAAAUUAAAAGCAUUUUUUUUUCUUUUUGUAAAAUUUUUUUUCCAUGUGAUGCCAUUGAUACAUGCCAUAGCAUUGCCUUCCGUUUUGUCCAUUUUGACUCCCUUGAUGUUCAGCUUUCCAAAAAAAUAUUAAACAUGGCAAGUUUAAGCUGAACAGGACAAUACCUGCUUUUCUUCUCUCUGUAACCUCAUCCUUUUCAAUCAUUAAAUGUCUGUUUAGAGAAAACCA